UCUCAUUGCGUCCUUAGCUCGCAGUGCCGCCGACACAAAAGGCGUGGCUAGCGAGAAACAUAUGAGGAAGACAACAGCUAGUCGCAUAUUAUCCAGUCAGUUUCCAGCCGGAAAUUAUUUGCGGUGCCAGAUUUGAGGAAGACACCAAAGAAGGUACUCCAGAGAUUACCAUGGCGACAAUUGUUAUGGAGCAGAUUGGCCGUCUCUUCAUUAAUCUGCAGCAGGUGAGGCGAGUUCCCCAGAUGCUCUCCGAGGCCCUGCCUUCCAAGACCGACACCCUGCGUGACACGGAGGUGCCCCAAUUUUUCCGUGAACGCUACAUUUAUUCUGGCUACCGGGCACUCCACCAGAACUGGCGCUACUACUUCCUGUCGCUCUUACAGCGGCACAACGAGACUAUAAAUGUUUGGACGCACCUAGUCGGAGCACUAGUGGUCCUCAUGAGAACUGCCCAGUUUACAGAGACUAUAGAUUUCAUGAACGAUCCUCAUUCCUGGCCACUUCUCAUCCUUCUCUUGUCAUCAGCAGGCUACAUGACCUUUAGCGCCGUGGCCCACCUGUUGGCGGCAAAAUCGGAAGUCUGCCAUUACGCCUUCUUUUACCUGGAUUAUGUAGGUGUGUCAAUGUAUCAGUAUGGAAGCGCAGUGGCACACUACUACUAUGCUAUUGAAGAAAGUUGGCAUGCACGUGUCCGAGGCUUUUUCAUGCCUAUUGCAAGCUUCUUGUGUUGCCUGUCUUGCUUCGGCUGCUGUUACGGGAAGUAUCGCAAUUACAGCCUUCCUACCUGGGUUCGUAAAGUAGGCCAAGUGGUGCCUUCAGCCGUAGCUUACAGUUGGGAUACCAGUCCUGUGUUCCAUCGUUUUAUCAUCUGGUUUCCUUCCUGGGCGAGAGGCGAUUCCAAGAGCAGUCCUGCUCUGCUCUUUCACUUUGGCCAAGUGGCAUUCUUUCUUUCCAGUGCUUUUUUCUUCACUCAGCCUAUUCCUGAGCGCUGGUUCCCAGGUCACUGUGACUUCUUAGGUCAGGGUCAUCAAGUAUUUCAUGUGCUGCUUGCUCUGUGUACAGUCUGCCAGAUCAAUGCUUCAUUUUUGGACUACCACAACCGUAGAGACUUCUAUGUGAAUCUCCAUGCUGAUGGUGAGGCAUCGUUCUUUGUCUUGCUCUAUAUUUUAACAUUUGUCAUCUCUGCUCUAAUAGCCUUGUGUAUGCUGGUGAAAGUAAAAAGAUUGUUUGGCUAUGGGGGAAAACUAAGUAAAGAAUAGGAAUAGUUAGGGCUAGAAUAGGUCAUCCUUUGGGCGCUGUUAAGGAGCAUUACUGUUAUGAUGGAAACAAGGGCAUUUUCUGAUGAAAAGGUUUAUUUAAGAACUACAGCCAUUAGCUAACAGUGAUCAAUAUUCCUGGAUCAAUAUUCUUGUUGGUCCUGUAACAACAUUCCUAUCAACUAAUCAGAUUUUAGAGAUAGUAUUACAGUUAGGGAUCAGGUUAUGACUAUGUUUGUUUUACAGACAUGCUGUUCAAGUACUGAACUUUGAGCAAAUACUCAAUGUUUAAACUGAUAACAUCAUUUAUGUUAAGGCAGGGGUGUCCAAUCCUGCUCCUGGAGGGCCACUAAACCCACUAACCCCAAUUAAACACACAAGAACAGGCUAGUCAAGGUCUUACUAGACAUACACUUCCAGGCAGGUGUGUUGGGUCAAGUUGGAGCUAAACUCUGCAGGACAGUGGCCCUCCAAGAGCAGGUUUGGAAACCCUGUUCACCCCAAUUCACAAUGCACUGACCGAUGCCAACCAACACGAACAAUCACCAGAUUACAGUAUGUAUAUUCUCAGAUGUUCCGUCAACAUGUUCAGCCGGUGAAAACAAGUGCCGACCAAUGCCAAAAGAUGGCGACAGGAGUAACACUGGUCGGCAUCUUUCGGUGCAGUGAGAUUUGCCCUUUAAUAUUCUUGAAUGUAUUUUGAAUUGUGCUUUUGUUAAAGGGACAUUUCACCCAAAUAUUAAAAUUCUGUCAUUAUUUUUUUACCCUCAUGUGGUUCUAAACCUGUAUGGCUUUCUUCGGCUUUCUUCUGUGAAACAUAAAGAAGAUAUGAAGAGUUCAGAUGCAAAAGCCUCUAAGUGCCGUCUGAAAUUUUCUUCUAAAAUGAAC